AAUUAUUCAUGCCAUGAAUUUCAUUCCACCUUAACCAGAUUUUCUUCUUUUAAAAAUAUUAAUAAUUCCACCAUUCAUCAUCCCCUCCAUAGCUACCCCUACAAUUAAAGAAAAAAAAGUUGAAAGGAAGAAUGAAUACUCACUAUAUAUAUACAUAUACAUAAUACAAAUAUGAUUUGCUAGAAAAUAUAUAUUUUAGGUUACUCAUCAUUCUCCCAUUCCCAUUCAAGAUCACCAAAAACUAAAAGCCUCUCUCUCUCUCUCUCUCUCUUAUGAAAACACCAAUAGCACAGAGUAGAACACGAUCAAAACAUAUACAGACUAGUGAUAUAUAUAUCUAGUAUAUGAUGAAGAACACGAUCAGGUGCUGCAUCUCUUGCAUUUUACCGUGCGGAGCACUGGAUGUAAUCCGCAUAGUACACUCGAACGGACGUGUGGAGGAGAUCAGUGGCAGCAUCAGAGCCAGCGAGGUGAUGAAAACACAUCCCAAGCAUGUUCUCAAGAAACCCUCCUCCCCCAGCUCCGACGACGACGACGCCGCCUCCCUCGUUCCCAAGAUCGUCGUCGUCCCUCCCGACGCACAGCUCCAACGAGGCAAGAUUUACUUCCUCAUGCCCCUUCCUUCCGACCCACCUGAAAAAUCACGCUCCAGAUCAUCAUCGUCGAAGCGGACCAGAGACGACACCCACAACCACCACCGCCGCCAUCGUCGCCAAGGCAGCCAUGGAACCACCACCAACAAUGGCGGCGGCAGGAACAGAGACGACAGAAACAAUAGCAUCGCCGACGGAAGCAAUAUAAAUCUGUUGGUAUCGGAUCAGUACCUGAGUGAGAUACUGUCGGAGAAGAUGUCGACGCAGAGGGAUCGGAGAAGAGGAAGAAUUGGUGUUUGGAGACCACAUUUGGAGAGCAUAUCUGAAACUCCUUUUGAUUGAUUAAUUAAAAUUCUUCUUCUUAAUUUUCUUCAUCUUAGUUCCUUCUUAUUAAUUUUUUUCUUUCUGGGUCUUUGUUUAUUAUGAUCAUUCGUUUUAGAGGAUCAAGAUCCAUCUCUCUGGUUUUUGUUUAAAAAAAAAUAGAAAUUUGUGUAAAUAGAGGCAUAGAAAGAGCUAAAAUAAUAUGAAAUGAAAGAAAAAUAAAUUGCCGGUAGAGAUGCUGGGUUUAUAGUUAA